GCAUUUCAUAUUUCCCCAACGGUCAUCACUCUUUUCCCAACAAAAAAACGUUUCUCCUCCUCUUCCCUCUCUUCUCACCAUUUGAAUUCUCUGCAAAAAUCAGUUCCACUCUCACCACUUACACUUAAUCCAGAGACCAAAAAAUCAUGAAAUCAAUCACAGAAAGCACUGAGAAUCUGUUUUCAGGAAGGAUAUCAACAUCCUCCAUUCGUAAUUUCCUCUCUUCCAAGCACAACAACAAAAGAUUGAACCCUAAAUCCUCCAGAUUUUUCAAUUCCGAGAAUACCCCUCCACCGGACCCCAACAUUCAGUUCGACGAUCCUCCACUUUCAUCUUCUCUCCCUAAACCGUCUCUCUCCAAAUCCUUCACUUCUCUCAACGACACUGCCGUUUCUGUCCCUCAAGAUCUACCCGUCAAGGAAGAGGUUGCUGGAACCAGUGACACAUCAGCAGAUUUGGAUCCACCGGUGAAGGUUGUGGUGAGAAUUAGACCUGGAAAUGAACACGAAAGACAAGGUGGAGUGACAGUAAGGAAGGUUUCUUCAGAUUUAUUGUCCGUUGGUGAUCGGAACUUUGGCUUUGAUUCGGUUCUUGAUUCCAGUUCUAAUCAGGAAGAUCUAUUUCAGUUGGUUGGUAUUCCUUUAGUGAAAAGUGCAUUAGCAGGUUACAAUACUUCAAUUUUGUCGUAUGGACAGACUGGAAGUGGCAAGACCUACACAUUGUGGGGUCCGCCAAGUGCUAUGGUUGAGGAUCCUUCACCCAGUAGUCACCAGGGCCUUGUUCCUCGCAUCUUUCAAAUGCUAUUCUCAGAUAUCCAAAGAGAGCAAGAGAGCUCUGACAGGAAGCAGAUAAAUUAUCAGUGCAGAUGCUCUUUUCUAGAGGUAUACAAUGAUCAAAUUGGGGAUUUGCUCGAUCCCGUUCAGAGAAAUCUUGAGAUAAGGGAUGACCCUAAAAAUGGACUGCACGUUGAGAAUUUGACCGAGGAGUAUGUAAGUAGCUACGAGGAUGUAACUCAAAUACUAAUCAAGGGGCUUUCAAAUAAAAAAGUUGGAGCAACAAGCAUAAAUUCCAAGAGCUCAAGAUCCCAUGUUGUGUUUACUUUUAUCAUCGAGUCCUGGUGCAAGGGAACUUCAUCAAAAUGCUUCAGUAGUUCAAGGAUUAGCAGAAUUAGCUUUGUCGAUCUAGCUGGACUGGACCGAACUAAACUUGAUGAUGCAGGUCGACAAUUUGUAAGGGAAGGCAAAAAUAUUAAGAAGUCCCUUUCACAACUUGGCCGAAUGGUGAAUGCUCUUGGAAAUGGCACUCAGCCAGGAAAAUUUGAAGUUGCGCCAUAUAAAGGAUCUUGUUUAACAUAUUUGCUUCAAGAAUCACUAGGCGGAAAUUCAAAACUCACAGUUAUAUGCAACAUCUCCCCUGAAAAUAGAUAUAAUGGUGAGACUCUCAGGACACUCAGAUUUGGGCAGAGAGUUAAAUCAAUAAAGAAUGAGCCAGUGAUAAAUGAAAUAUCAGAAGAUGAUGUUAAUGAUUUGAGUGAUCAGAUUCGCCAAUUAAAGGAAGAACUUAUAAGAGCAAAAUCAGACGUGCAUAAUUCAGUUGGCAAUAAAAAUAGAUACUUUAAAGGGCGAAAUGCACGUGAAAGCUUGAACCACCUGAGAGUAAGCCUUAAUCGCUCUUUGAUAUUACCCCGGAUAGAUAAUGAUUCUGACAAUGAAGUGGAAGUUGAUGAGGAUGAUGUGAAGGAACUUCAUCAGCAACUCAAGAAGUUGCAUAGCUCUUGUGAGGAGAACUUGAAAGAUCUAUCUGACACUAGAAACUCCAGCCACUUUGCCUCUGUGGAUGAAAGUUUUGAGACAGAUUCAAUGAGUGAAGAUGAAGUAAAUGGUCCAGGUGAAAUUCAAAAGGAAGGUGAAGAUGAAGAAAUUAAUUUGGGGAUACACAAGGAAAGUGAGGAAGACCUUUUAAGUACCUCAAAGGCUGAUUCUGCAAGUAGCCUGUCUAUCAGUUUAUGCCGUCAGUCUCCGGUCCUUCAAGAACCAACAUUGUCCGAGUCUCCUAAAAUUGGAAAUACCAGGAGAAGUAUAGCCAUUUCAUCAGCAUUUUCAGCAAGUCAGGAUGGUGUAUCUCAGAGUGCCAACUUUAAGUCUGAAGUGUUCCAGUCACUUAAGCAAAGUGAGCACAUUCGAUCGUCUUUGCGCUCAAGCAAGCUGUUUCUAGGCCCCACCGAGUCCUUGGCAGCUAGCCUUCAAAGAGGCUUGCAGAUUAUUGACCAUCACCAGCAGAACUCAGCAUCAAACAGAUCUUCAGUUGCCUUCUCGUUUGAGCAUUUGGCAUUGAAACCAUGUGCAGAAGUUGAUAGAGCCUAUGCUUCUAUUCAAAAGUUAGCAGAAGACGCACCAUCGUCAGAUGGAUCAUCUGCUUAUGUACUUUGUGCAUCUUGUAAACAAAAGAUCAACAAUAAAUCUGAUGAGGUACAAGAUAGCCUGAAGACAUGGACUUUAACAGUUGAUGAAGCAGGAAAUUCCAGCAAGCUGACAGAUCAGGCAGCUAAAGACGAAGACAAUGGUUUGAAAGAAGCCCAUAGGAAAGAGAAUGAACUUGAAAAUGUUUGCAAGGAGCAAGCAGCUAGAAUUGAGCAGCUCAAUCGAUUGGUGGAGCAAUAUAAACUUGAGAAAGAACUUUCCAUCAAGGAACACGAUCAAGAAGUUGACGUUCUUUGUCUUGAGGGCUCAAAAGAUCAAAUCAUAUCCAGAAAUGAAGAAUAUCAUUCUUUGAAAGAAGAAAAUGAGCUUCCAGAAAUCAUUAAGGAAGUUCAGGAAGAAUUGGAUCAUGGGAAUUUAUUUUUUGAUAUGAAGGAGAAGGAAGCGCUUCUUCAGGAAAUUCAAAGCUUAAGGGCUCAGUUGAAGUCAUAUACUGAUGCGUCUGCCAACAAAUCCAUUAAUAAACUGAGAUCCUCUCUGUUAGCACAAUCCAUUCAAUUGAGAAAAAGUUUAGAUGCUAGAUGCGGUAAUGACGAAGAGCUUGAGAGGGAAAAACAGAGAUGGACAGAAAUGGAGAGUGAGUGGAUUUCUAUAACUGAUGACUUGAGGAUUGAUCUUGAAUCAAAUCGUCGGCGUGCAGAGAAAGUGGAGAUGGAAUUGAUAUUAGAAAAGAAGUGCACUGAGGAAUUAGAUGAUGCACUUAGUAGGGCUGUCCUUGGUCAUGCUAGAAUGGUUGAACACUAUGCUGACCUACAAGAGAAAUAUAAUGACUUGCUUGGAAAGCACCGUGCAAUCAUGGAAGGGAUUGCAGAGGUGAAGAAGGCAGCAGCAAAGGCAGGAACCAAAGGUGGCACCCGCUUUGCCAAAUCACUUGCCGCUGAACUUUCUGUUUUAAGGGUGGAGAGGGAAAGGGAGAGAGAAUUCUUGAAGAAGGAGAACAAGAAUCUCAAAAUCCAGCUUAGAGACACCGCAGAAGCUGUUCAUGCUGCGGGAGAACUCCUUGUGAGACUCAGAGAAGCUGAACAUGCUGCCUCAGAUGCAGAGGAAAAGUUUACCAAAGUUCAACAAGACAACGAGAAGUUGAAGAAGCAAAUGGAGAAAAAUAAAAGAAAACACAAGAUGGAGAUGAUCACCAUGAAACAGUACCUAGCAGAAAGCAGAUUACCAGAAUCUGCAUUGCAACCAUUAUACAGGGAAGAUUCUGCUGAAAACACAAUUACAGAUGACGAUCAAGCAUGGAGGGCAGAAUUUGGACCAAUAUAUCAAGAACAUUUCUGAAUCAUUCAAAAAACACCAAAUUCCACUUGUUGCUCUGACAGAGACCCUACUUGGGUCCAAGCUAUUCUUAAAAAUCCCUAACUAUACAUUACUUUAUUAUUAUUCAAAUUCUUUCUCUGUAUGUUGCUCCCUUAUAUCUGGUUUCGCGUUGAUGUAUCAUCUCUUGUUCUUCACUAUUUUUGAUAAUAAAGAUUGCUAUUGAUUGAUUGUUUGCUCUUAA